UUAACUAUUUUAUCUUGUUUCAGUAUAAUGGCAAGCACUAAAUAAACCAUCUAUUCAUUUUUUUUAUAUUUAUAGUGUUUAUGUUUUUCAAUUUUUAAGAUGUUACAACCAAUAGUCGAGAUAUAAUCAUUGUAAAGUUGAUUAAAGAGAAAUUCAUAUUGGGAAAAAUAAAUGAUAUUCUGAUAAAGAAUCUAUCCGGGAAAAAUAGCAAACCAUAGUAUUAUAGGCUUAAAUAUAUUAGACUUAUAUUUGAAAUUGGACAAAGAAAAGGAAAUGGUAUUGUGCACAAAAAAUGUCAGCCUAUAUUUUUUUUUUACUAGCAAGAAAAUAUAUCGAUCAAAUUUAGGAAACAACAUCAAUAAAGUUACAUGAAAAUCAUUAGAUUACUUUUUAUCUAUUUUUUAUAUAAUGAAGAAUGCAUAUAUAAGGUUUUUAUGUUACAGGAGAGAUGCUAGUUGGCCUUGCAAGAAGCUUCUUUAUGGAUGACAUAUCGACUGGUUUAGAUAGCUCCACUACCUUUGAGAUUAUCAAGUUUCUCAGGCAAAUGGCACAUUUACUGGAUCUUACCAUAGUCAUUUCCUUACUUCAACCACCACCCGAGACAUUUGAAUUAUUUGAUGAUAUAAUCCUUUUAUGUGAGGGACAAAUUGCUUAUCAAGGCCCUCGGGAGAAUGUUCUGGAAUUUUUUGAGUUAAUGGGUUUUAAAUGCCCAGAAAGGAAGAAUAUAGCAGACUUUCUUCAAGAGGUCACUUCAAGAAUGGAUCAAGGACAAUAUUGGGCUGGUAAUCAACGGGAAUACCGAUACCUUUCAGUUGGCAAAUUUGUAGAAUCCUUUCAUUCUUCUCAUCUGGGUCAACUUCUAGAGGAGGAGCUCUCCAAACCAAGUGAUAUUGCAAACAGCAAUUCAUCAACUAAAAUCAAUGACAGCCAUAAAAUCUCAAAGUGGGAAGUUUUCAAGGCAUGCUUCUCAAGGGAACUGUUACUCUUAAAGAGGAAUUUCCCAGUGCAUUUAUUCAAGAUCAUACAGAUAACACUGUUGGCAAUUGUGAUCAUGACACUUUUCCCCCGAACAGAAAUGAAUCACCAGUCAAUCAUGGAUGGGAACAAGUUUCUUGGAGCUAUCUUCAUUGGUGUAGUAAUAGUGAAGUUCAAUGGCAUGACUGAGCUGGCAAUGACAAUAAGAAGACUUCCCAUUUUCUACAAGCAGAGAGAAUUGUUACACUUGCCUGGGUGGGCACUCCUUCUUUCAAUUUUCGUCCUUAGUCUCCCAAUGUCACUGGUAGAGACAGGUAUAUGGACCUGCUUAACAUACUUUGUUAUUGGCUUCGCACCAUCAGCAGUUAGGUUUUUUCAGCAGUUUCUAUCACUUUUCUGUGUGCAUCAAAUGUCGAUGAACCUUUUCCGUUUCAUUGCUGUAUUGGGAAGAACACAAGUAAUGGCAAACACCCUAGGGUCUGCAACUCUUAUUGCAGUAUAUAUACUUGGAGGCUUUAUCAUAUCAAAAGACAAUAUCCAACCAUGGCUGCUUUGGGGAUACUGGGCCUCUCCCUUGACCUAUGGACAGAAUGCAGUAGCACUCAACGAAUUUCUUGAUGAAAGAUGGAGCAUGAAAGUACAUUAUGCAUACAUUGAUGCUGACACUGUUGGGAAGGCUGUCCUCAAAUCGAGAGGGAUGCUCACAGAAUGGUAUUGGUUCUGGAUAUGUGUGGGAGUUUUACUCAGCUUCUCUCUUACCUUCAACAUUCUCAGUAUAUUUGCUUUAGAGUUUCUCAACCCUCCACACAAGCAUCAAGUCAUCACUGGUGCUAAAGCUGGGGGCAUGAAACAAAACAAAACAGCUGAUGAACAAGAAAUAAAUGGGACAGCACCAAGGCAUGGAAUGAUUUUGCCAUUUCACCCUCUGACCCUUGUAUUUGACCAUAUCAAUUAUUAUGUAGACAUGCCUAAAGUAAAUCCUCUUACUUUACCACCAACUCACACCAAGUAUUCAUUGAAUCCAAUAUUGAUCACAGUUUUUUCUCCUUAUGGAACAUAUCUUUAUUCCCGUGAUCAGGAGAUGAAGAAGCAUAAAGUAAAUAAGAAGAGGCUUCAGCUUUUACAGGAUGUCAGUGGUGCAUUCAGGCCGGGAGUUCUAACUGCACUAAUGGGAAUAACUGGUGCAGGAAAAACCACAUUGCUAGAUGUUUUGGCGGGAAGGAAGACUGGUGGAUUCAUUGAAGGCAAUAUAAAAAUAUCUGGAUAUCCAAAAAAGCAAGAGACAUUUGCUAGGAUUUCAGGAUACUGUGAACAGACAGAUAUCCACUCUCCGUUCGUAACUGUAUAUGAAUCGCUACAAUACUCUGCAUGGCUUCGUCUGCCUUCCCAUGUUGAAACUCAUGAAAGAAAUAUGUUUAUAGAAGAAGUCAUGCGCUUGGUUGAGCUAAUGCCACUGAAAAAUGCAAUGGUGGGUCUUCCGGGAAUCCAUGGUCUGUCAGCUGAACAACGGAAAAGGCUCACAAUAGCAGUAGAGUUAGUUUCUAGCCCAUCCAUUAUAUUCAUGGAUGAACCAACAUCUGGUUUGGAUGCUCGUGCUGCAGCAAUUGUCAUGAGGGCAGUGAGAAAGACAGUGGACACUGGGCGCACUGUUGUUUGCACAAUCCAUCAGCCAAGCAUCGAGAUUUUUGAAUCUUUUGAUGAGUUACUACUAAUGAAAAGAGGAGGGCAGCUCAUUUACAGUGGUUCUCUAGGCCCUCUAUCUCGUAAUAUGAUUCAGUAUUUUGAGGCAAUCCCAGAAGUUUCUAAAAUCAAAAAUGGCCAAAACCCAGCAGCAUGGGUCUUAGACAUUACUUCUCCUGCCAUGGAAUAUAAUAUUUGCAUAGACUAUGCAGAGAUCUUCCGCAACUCUUCUCUAUACAGAGAAAACAUGGAACUAGUUGAUGAGCUGAGUAAGCCAACGCCAAAUUCACAGGACCUGCACUUUCCAUCUGGAUAUUGGCAAAGUUCUAAAUCUCAGAGCAUGGCAUGCUUGUGGAAACAGCAUAGAUCAUAUUGGAAAAAUCCAGAACACAAUGUUGUUCGUUUUGUAACUACAAUUGCAACUUCACUUCUUUUUGGCAUAGUCUUCUGGCAAAUUGGUUCCAAAAUUACCGAGGAGCAAGAUAUUUUCAACAUACUAGGAGUCAUGUAUGCAUCAGCACUGUUUCUAGGCUUCGUAAAUGCCAGUAUAGUGCAGCCUGUUGUGGGGAUGGAGAGAACUGUAUUCUAUCGAGAAAGAUCAGCUGGGAUGUACUCUUCCAUGCCCUAUGCUAUUGCUCAGGUGGCUGUUGAAAUUCCAUAUGUUAUAUUGCAAGUGGUUAUCUUCUCAUUUAUUGUAUAUCCAAUGAUAGGAUUUCAAUUCACAACAGUGAAAUUCAUUUGGUUCAUGCUCUUCACGAUGUUAAGUUUUAUCUACUUCACACUUUACGGGAUGAUGACAGUCGCACUCACACCAACCCAGGAGAUAGCUGCCAUGCUCUCCUUCCUCAUCUUUAUCUUGUGGAAUGUCUUCUCUGGUUUCAUAGUUUCUAGAAAGAUGAUACCACUUUGGUGGAGAUGGUUUUAUUGGGCUGAUCCUGCAGCAUGGACUGUUUAUGGUCUAAUGUUUUCCCAAUUGGGUGACAGAGUUGAACUUAUCCAUGUCCCAGGGAGCUCAGAUGAGACCAUAAAAGAGUUUCUUGAGGAUUACCUUGGUUUACAAGAUCAAUAUUUCCCACUCACAGUAAUCCUUCACAUUGUAGUUAUUGUCUUAUUCUCAUUUGUGUUUGGUUUCAGCAUCAAACAUCUAAAUUUCCAGAAGAGAUGAUAAUACUGAAAACAGAUAUUAAAAGCAAGGAGGAGAAGCAUACUCAACUC